GUGGGCAGUGAGCACGCAGUAGGGAGCUGUAGACUGACGUUUCAUCAACAGUCGCUUACAGAGAGGAAGGGAGAGAGAAUUCCCUGCUGUUGUAUACUUCACAACAACUAAGACAAGCAACACAGUUGAAAGUCUUGCUUAUUGAACCCAUAGUCUUUAAACACUUUCAAAGACAUUCCUGUAGCAGCAUGUCACAUAUUUGGCAUUCCGUAUCAAUAAUCAGUCGUAUUGCAUCUGUAUAAUUUGCUUAACUGUUUUGGAAGAACGAUUUGAAUACCCUGAUGUGACAUUUCCCGUUUGGAAUGAUGUGGACCUUUCACGACUGUAUUGGAUUUGUUUUCUUUUGCAGUUUCUGCAUUCAGCUGGGUGUUUCGUCGCAAGCAAAGUUCACCGAACUACCAACAAAUGUAACAGCAAAAGAAGGUCAAAACAUAGAGAUGUCGUGUGCUUUCCAAAGUGGAUUGUCACCUGUCUAUCUGGAGAUUCAGUGGUGGUUUAUAAGAACUCCAGAGGAACAAAUCAACGGUGAAGAGGUAGCUGGGACUCAGGUGGAAAUUGUACCAGAAAGAGAUCCAGACGACGAUGGAACAAAAAUAAGUACAGUAAAAGUACAGGGAAAUGACAUUUCCCACAAGCUACAAAUUUCCAAAGUAGACAAAGAUGAUGAAGGUCUGUAUGAAUGUAGGGUGACCGAUGCCAACUAUGGAGAGCUCCAGGAAUACAAAGCUCAGGCAUAUCUACAAGUGAAUGUCAGCAGUAUCUCAAGAAAUAAGCAUGCACUGGAGUCAUCGCCUUUGCAUCUUCAGGACGGAAAGUCACGCAGAAGAGGUAAUGCAGUUUUGGCAAACAAUGGAGGCAGCUCUGACAACCAUCGUCUUCACGCCACCUCCAGUUCUCUGACAACAACAUCUAAAAUCCUCAAACACAGUCCUGGUUCAGCAAAGAGAAAAUUGCCUGCUAUUUCCAUGAAGCGGACAGCACAGUUGACCGUAACUUCCAACCACUCUGCACCCAAUGCAUUCUAAUUAUCUACACAAGAAGCACCUUUUUCCAAGUCAAAGAAGAUGGAGAAACUGUUGUACAUUUUAAGCUCCCACAAUUAAUGGGAACUGCUGUUGCCUACUUCAAUAUUCUUGACCUUUCACUAAGACAACUUUUUUUUGGCAAUAUGUUUAGUCAUAUUGUCACUACUUGGAUGCUUAAAAAAAGAAAAAAAAAAAAAAAGCUCUGUGUAUUAUAUAUUUAAAUGUGUUUGAUUUGGUGAUGUAGUUUUCCUCUCAAGACAUCUUGAACUAUGUAUUGCUUUCAUACGCAAUACCUGCUCAAUUUUUUUUUUUUUUUUUUUUUUUUUUUUUUUUUUAAUCUUUGCUUUUCUUCGUCUCUGGUAAACAGAAAAAAAUGACAACGUUGUGUGACUCAGAAGUUUAUGCUUUACUGUGAAUCGGUGUUUAUUCCUUAUAUAGCACAUAUAUAUUUGUUUGGGUAUAUUACAUAACAAAUGUUUUUUUUUUCAGUUGUCAUUGAAAUUGUAUUAAAGUGUAUUUAAAAGUGGUUUAUUCAGUAUUGAAAUAAUGCAUAUCAAAUGAUUGCCAAAUGUCAUAUCAUGAGUGCUGACGAGAGGGGGGGGAAGGGGAGACAACUCUACUAGGGCCUCAAGCUCUGGGGGCCCCCACAAAAGGAUUAUUUAUUUUUUAAAUGUACAUGAUCAUUUUCAUAUUUCCAUACAACUUCAGUUAAAUAUGCAUAAAAUAUUUUAUGUCUAAUCUUAUUACAUUUAUUAUUACACAAAUUGAGGGGAAAAAAUAACCAUUGUGCUACUGUGC